AUGCACUGGAAAUUGCUCGUGUCUGCUCUCCUGGCUGUUCUCCCUGCUGCUCAUGCUAAAACAGCAUGGCAGCAAAGACGGUUCGAUGCUGCUGUUCCUUCAACAAAGAAUUCGACCUUUACCGCUGACAGCUUCAAGACCAAGAACGAUGCCCUCGCAGCUCUUGCGAGUGUAUUGGGUACAAGCUCUCCCGUAACGCGGUCAGGUGAUCUCUUAUAUGGCCAGUCCAUUGGCAGAAUAUGGACUGAUCAAAACAAAAUCUUUCCCGAUGCAAUCGUGUUCCCCUCGAGUGCUGAAGAUGUGAGCACCAUUAUACAAUUCUACUCUCAUGCAAAUACCCUCUGGAAGGACGGCUUCGCCAUAAUCGGAGGCGGCCACGGAGGCACGGGGGGUGCACAGUCUCCCAGCGUAGUCAUUGAUCUACGCCUCGUCAACACGACCGAAAUCAUUUCCAGCAAAUCCAAUGCUACAGAACCCCCUGUUCUGAAGAUUGGGGGUGGUGCCGAAGCCGGAUCUGUUUACACUGCGCUUGACGGCACAGGCUGGGCUUUUCUGGGGCCUCGCGCGGCAUCUAUUGGUGUCGGUGGCUUCUUGCUCGGAGGCGGAAUUGCGUUUCAGACGGGCAAGUAUGGUGUCGCUGUCGACAGCCUCCUGGGGAUUGAGGUUGUUCUUAUUGACGGCCGCAUCGUAUAUGCUAACCCCUACAACGAAUAUAAAGACCUUUUCUGGGCCGCUACAGGUGGAGGCUGGCUUGGCUUCGGCGUCAUCACAAACUUCUACAUCCAGGCUUACCCGGAUCCAGGCGCUGCGUACGUUGCAACCAUUGCCUGGGGCGAGGACAAGGCAGAGGAAGUCUUCAAGUUGACUACCGAGUUCUUCGAGACGAACACUGAUCCCGAAGCCUUCCCUGCGCUCUUGUAUUACUUCAAGGACCCUAAAGACAUUACUAGCCUGGUCCCCAUCGCAUCCCGCCAAUUUACCUUGCAGCUCAAUGCUGUCCACUUUGGCGGUGGAUGGGAGGCGCUAAACGCCAGCUAUUCCAAAUUCUACCCCAACGCGGACACACUGCAGCUGCAAAAGUUCACGAUCCUGGAGCUGGACCAGUACCUUCUUACCAACUACCCUUACGGAUACCACCGUGAGUUCUUUGGCAAAAGUCAUACCAACUCGACCGUGGACUUCUAUCGUAAUACGUUUUCCAUUUACAAGCAGACGGUUUUGGGUAUGAUGGAGCGAGGCGAGGAUCCAGGGCAUACUUUCUGGGUUGACGAAUACGUCUUCCCUGGAUGGAGCGGUACUGGCCCUGAGCAUGACAGUGAUACCGCAUGGCCGCACUCGACCAGCGCACACAUUACGCUGACGUCUGGCGAAUGGAGCUCCGACAACACGACGCAAUACAUGUACGACCGUGAACGGGACGGCAUGAUGGCGUAUCUGCGCGAGUUCCAGAAUGGGCUGGGCGGGGCACCGAUUUAUGACUAUCCUAACUACAUUACGCCGUACAGCAAACCCGCGGAAGUAUGGAGCGCAGACAACUUCCGCCGAUUGACGGCUAUUAAGGAGAAGUAUGACCCGGCGUGCCUGCUAAACAGGGGGCGUGUCCCGCCCACCUCGGCUUGCUUGAAGAAGGGUUUCGCGAAUACUUUUCUCUAG